AUGGAUGGUAAAUGGGAUGCUAAAGGUAUGCAAAUUGCUUACGAAGAAGCCGCACAAGGUUAUGCUGAAGGUGGUGUACCAAUUGGUGGGUGUUUGAUUAACAACAAGGAUGGUACUGUUCUAGGUCGUGGUCAUAACAUGCGUUUCCAAAAGGGUAGUGCCACUUUACAUGGUGAAAUCUCUACUUUAGAGAAUUGUGGUAGACUAGAAGGUAAAGUUUAUAAAGAUACAACUUUAUUCACUUCGUUAUCUCCAUGUGAUAUGUGUACAGGUGCCAUUAUCAUGUAUGGUAUUCCAAGAGUUGUCAUUGGUGAAAAUGUUAACUUUAAGAGUCCCGGUGAGAAAUAUCUUGUUGAACGUGGUUGUUCUGUUCAUGUUACAGAUGAUGAAAAAUGUAAGACAAUUAUGAAGAAAUUUAUUGUUGAAAGACCACAAGAUUGGUUUGAAGAUAUUGGAGAAUAA